GAAGGAAAGAAGGCUGAGCUGGAGGCUGAAAUUCAGCAGAUGAUCCUGAAGAGACAACAGAAGAUUCAGGAGAUCAAACACUCAGUCGACCUCAGUAAGGAAGAUGCAGACAGAGAGAUAGCAGAAGGUGUUCAGGUCUUCACUGCUCUGAAGGAGUCUGUUGAGAGAAGCCAGGCCAAUCUCAUUGAUGCAAUCAAGGAGAAGCAGAAAACAAAAGAAAAUCAGGCCAAAAGUUUUAUAAAAGAGCUGGAACAGGAAAUCUCUGAGCUGAUGAACAGAGGCACUGAGCUAGAGCGGCUCUCACGCUCUGAUGACCACCUCCAUCUUCUCCAGAAUGUCCAGUCUCUAAACACCAACCACCCAACACCCACCAAGGACUGGACAGAGGUCAGCGUCCGUCCAUCAUAUGAGGGGACUGUGGUGAGAGCUGUGUCUCAGCUGGAGGAGACACUCAGUGAACAGAUGAAGAAGCUGCUUGAAGCUGAGCUGAAGAGGGUCCAGCAGUAUGCAGUGGAUGUGACUCUUGAUCCUGAUACAGCACAUCCUGCUCUCAUCUUGUCUUAUGAUGGGAAACAAGUACGCCCUGGUAAGGCAAAGAAAAAUCUCCCAGACAACCCAAAAAGAUUUUCUGAUUGUGCUUGUGUCUUGGCAAAACAGAGUUUCUCUUCAGGCAGAUUUUACUUUGAGGUUCAAGUUAAAGGAAAGACUAAAUGGGAUUUAGGAGUGGCCAGAGAGUCGAUCAACAGGAAGGGAACCAUCACAUUGAGACCUCAGGAUGGUUACUGGACUGUAUUUUUGAGAAAUGGAAAUGAGUACAAAGCUCUUGAUGACCCUCCAGUCUGUCUCUCUCUGAAGUCUCAGCCUCAGAAGGUGGGGGUGUUUGUGGAUUAUGAGGAGGGUCUGGUCUCCUUUUAUGACGUAGAUGCUGCAGCUCUUAUCUACUCCUUUACUGGCUGCUCCUUCACUGAGAAACUCUUCCCAUACUUCGAUCCCUGUCAUAAUGAUGAUGGUAAAAACUCUGCACCUCUGAUCAUCUCUCCUGUCAGAGUAAAAUAAUCACUUCUCUUAUUUUAUGUAUUGAUUUAUUUUUAUUCAAGGAAACAAAUAUUUAGUGUUAGUAGCAGGGAAAACACCUUUUGGUCAGUUGGUUGGUCGAUAUGUGUCUGACAUAAUCCUCACCGGUCACAUAAUCACUGAGCUUACUUUCAUAAGGUCGUGUGUCCACCAAAGUGUUUUAUCCCACCUCAAAACGCCUAGCUAAGAGCACUAGUGCACUUUGGAGGCACGUUUUUUUUUCUGUUGAGAGUCGUCGUAUCAGGGCUUUUAUUGGUUUUAUUACAGAGCAGCUGGAGAAUGACAGUAAAGGACAGCGAGAGAAAGAAAGGGAGGAUUAUAUGCAGCAGGUAGGAAUCACACCUGGGCCCCUGCUCAGGACACAGCCUACAUUGGAGCGACGCGCUACCAGGAGAGCUAAAACAUGCCCCUGAACGCAGUGUUUUACCCAAAGUUAGCAUUCUUUAAGUCUUGGCAACCAGAAAAUAAAACGACAAAUGUACAGGGCUCAGCAAAUUUUCACGUUUUUGGCGUGUUGCACAGUGUAAAUACACAAUGCAGAGAAUCAAAAAAUAUUUAUGUAGUUAAUGUAAAGAAAAUAUGCAGAUUUGUUUUUCUCCAUAGAUCAAAUGGAUUGGUUGAAUAGUAGGUAGAAUUUCAGUCAACUAAUAUUUUCUUUGUUUCACCACAUCCCCAGUGAAUACCUUCUAGCUGACAUCUUAUUUUCUACAGAAUGUUUUUAAUGUGAUAAUUGAUAUACACUUCAUUAAGAUUAUUAAUUUUACUGAUCCCAUUACACAGUCAACACAUACAUUUAAAGCAUUAAUCUAUUUCAAUCUGCAUCAUGACACACAUGAUAUGUGCAGAAUAUCUGUUUAAACCUCUGUUAAACCCACAGACAUUUAUUUUAACUAACAGAAGAAAUCACUGUUUGUAAAGACGCCAAAUAUGUCAGGCUGCAGUCUCCAGGAUUUGAUGCAAAAUUACUCAAAAUCAAAGUUUUUUUCUCUAUUUGAUGUGCAGCCACAAGAACACAUAUCGCUGAAUAUUGUGUCAUGGUAACGCCUAUUACAUGCCUGUGGUGACAGAAUACAGUAUGUGUCAUUAUUAUACCUGAUAUAAAAGGUAAUUAAUAAAAAAGAUGCUAACGGAAUUUUAUAUCUUGUCUAAAAUGUUGUUUGGUUGACUAUUGGUCAGUGUGGCCAACUGUUAUUUGUUUUGUGAACACUGGUGAGAUGGUUUAUGUGUCACAGAAAUCUGUAAAUAUGUGAUUGUUGAAUGAAAUAAACUAG